AGUUAAGUAGUAGAAAUAAUAAUAAUUCAUUGAAAAUGGACGUAGCCAGCUCGGAUAGAACACCCUUGCUAAGCACUAGGAUUCCAGAGAAUCCAAUUGUUUUAAGUACAGAAAAUGGUAAGAGUAGUGAUGGUGUUCUACCGUCUAAUUCAAAUAAUAAAACUCAACAUAUUCCUCAAGCUAAUAAGAUUGGAUCUAAAAUAUCUCAAUCAUCUAAAAUUGGUUUACAAAGAACUAGUAGAACAUCUCAGAAACUUAAAUUAUUACCUGAAGAUCCUCCAGAUUUAGAUAAUAAACCAAUAGCAUCAACUGAUGAUGAUGAUGAUGAUUCUCAAAUGACAAGAGUAUACUCUCAAGUCAAGAAAAUUACAGAUACUUCAGCUAGAAAAGAUGCUGAAAUAUUGGGUAAACUGCAUAGAGAUCUCUUACCAAGAGUAACAGCAUAUUGUACUUGUGGUUCUUAUAAAAUGAAAGAUUUAUUAAGAUGGUUAAAAGAUCGUAAAAGAAUUCAUAAUACAAGUCCUAAAUUAUUUGAUGAAUGUCUUUAUACUCCAUUUGUUUAUAAAGAUUGGAGAAAUGAUUCAGAUAAUGGAAAUAAUGGUAAUGUAGAUGAUAAUGAUAGUCAUAAAUUAAUUAGAUUAGCUGAUGAAGGUGGAGAAAUCGAUAUUGGUAGAAAAAAUGAUAUUUUUAUCUUUGAAUAUGGUGUAAUUAUUCUUUGGGGUUAUACAGCCAAAGAAGAAGCUCAUUUCUUAGAAGAUUUAGCUCGAUUUGAAAGUGAAAAAUUAUCAGCUGAAGAUAUUCAAAUUGAACAAUUUAAUUAUUAUAUAACGAAGUCAUAUCAACCUAGAAUUUAUAAUGAUUUUAUUACUUUAAGAGAUGAUAAUAAUUAUAUGUUAAAAUUAUCAAUUUCUCAUGCAUUAGCUCAAUCUGUUAAAAUAUCUUUAUUUGAAGAAUUAGUCGAUAAUACUAUUGAAGAUACUCAGGAUAUUCCACAACAAAUUGCUCAUACGGGUAAAGUGGAAAUGACUAGAGACGAAAUAAUGAAAUCAAUUGGUGAAUUGUUUAUUUUAAGAAUCAAUAUUAACUUGCAUGGAUCUGUAUUAGAUUCCCCAGAAUUAAUGUGGGCAGAACCUCAUCUAGAACCUAUAUAUCAAGCAACUAGAGGAUAUUUGGAAAUUAAUCAAAGAGUCGAAUUGUUGAAUCAAAGAUUAGAAGUCAUUUCUGAUUUAUUACAAAUGUUGAAAGAGCAAUUGGGUCAUUCUCAUGAAGAAAAUUUGGAAUUUAUAGUGGUAGUCCUUGUAGGUGUUGAAGUUUUAGUAAGUGUAAUCAACAUCAUUAUAGAUAUAUUGACUUACUAAAUUAUAUAAUUCUUUAAUUAAUGAUUGCAUGAAUA